CCCAAACUUUUCAGUCGCAGCUGUUAGCCCGGCUGCUAACUCCUGAUGCUCGAGUUCGAGUGGAAAUGGAAACUCGUUCUAACCCGAUUUAAAGGCCGAAUUUGAACCGCGAAUCUGAUUUAAAACCGAAGUGAGAUAAUGGCUCUGGACGACCCGCGGGUAGAAUGGAUUAAAAACCGAGUCUAUUCGGCGUUUUACCUGCCGGAGCCGGGCUGUUUCGAGGAGCUGCUGAGGCGCGGUGAUGGCGCAGAGGAGCAGAAAAUCAUCCGCUUUUUAAACCAGGUCACCGAGGACGAGUCCUCAUCUGCACUGCUGUUUUUCAAACGAAUACGAGAGGAACAGGUGGAGGUUCUGGUCCCAAUAGAGGUGCCUAAAUUAGCUCCUGAUCUUGAGGAGGAUGAAGUCGUGGAAAGUCGGGGUGCAUCUACCGUUCCUCCUCCAGAGACCCCCACCUCAGACAGAGCAAAAUCUGUAGAGAAGAAAAAGAAAGGACGGGCGUCUGCUGAAGGCCACAGGACAAAAUCCCCAGACCCCACAGAGGAUCCUGCAAUUGAGAAAGCUGUGGAAAAAGUCAAACUGGACGAGCUUUCAAUCUCUAGAGUCGAGUUUCAGACAGUGUACCACGUGGAGCUACACGUAGCAGUCGACUUCAUCCCAAAGAGGUUCAUGAAGUCCAAUGUGCUCUACUUUUUGAGGAACACUAAAGAGACAAUUGUUGAGCCAGCGAACAUAAACGAGGCCAACGAGCUGAUGCCCAAGCUGCUGGAGAUUGGCAUGCUGAACGGUCAUUCCCUAACGACGCACCGGAACAUCCUCAAGCAUAUGUAUAUCCCGCUACUCUCAGUGGGUCAGCUUAAACUCACCGAUGGAGGCUACCAGCAAGAAGCGCCGGGCCUUAGGACUACAGAUUCAGGUUUGGAACCGAACCCUGAGGGGCAGCCAGUGACGUCCCGUAGAAUGCUCAUGAUUCGAGACGAGCUUCUAAACAGCACUCACAAAUUCCUGGGCCAAAUAGACGUGAUCCUACAACAAAUGGAGGGUGAGAUUCAACUACAGAUUCCAGAUUUGGACAUAGACCAGGACGUGGAGGUACUUUUAGCAAAUCAGGAGGUGCUAGAAAAGCUGGAGCUGUGCGUGAUGAACUGGCAGACCCAAAUCAGGAUUAGCAUCGAGGAGGAGCAAAAGAAGAAACCACAGGGCCCAGGUCCCAUGGCAGAGGUCAACUUCUGGCGGGAACGUGCGAGCGUACUGAGUCCUCUGGUCGAGCAGCUCAAGAUGCCGGCGGUGAAAAAGAUCCUGGAGGUGAUGAGCCGUGCUGACCCGGUCACCACGCAGAAUCUGGACCUGACUGUGACGGAGCUGAGCAGGUACAACGUGGAGGCAGUUGAGAACACGCGCUUCCUGGGAACCCUGGAGAGGCACUUUAAGAAUCUGGCCACAGGACUGAAUUUCACUGUGUUCCUGGAGACCGUCCCCAUGAUGAUGAACGGGCUGCGGAUGGUGUGGAUCAUUUCCAGCCACUACAACACGGACGAACGGAUGGUGCCCCUGAUGCAGCGCAUCAGCUGGGAGAUGGCGGAGCGCGUCGCUCGCGUCGUCGACGUCCGCACACUUUUUAAAGACAAGCGGGAGGUGGCCAAGGCCAAAGCACAGGACGGUAAGAAGGUUUUGGACCUGUGGAAGACCAGCUACUUCGAGGUCCGAGCCAAGAUCGAAACGUCUGGCAGGGAUUCGCGCUGGGAGUUCGAUCGGAAAAAGCUCUUCGAGAAGACAGACUACAUGGCUUCAAUCUGUCAGGACAUCUACAACAUUCUGCAGAUCUUGGAGGAGUUUCAUAACAUUUUUGGGGCGGAGCUGAAGGCCGUAACCGGUGACCCUAAGCGAAUAGACGACGUGCUGCAGAGGGUGGACAGCCUGGUGGUACCCACUGAGGAGCUGAACUUUGACCCCUUUAACAUUCGCAAGACGGGAAGUUGGAAGAUGGUCAUGCAGGACUUCAAGAAUAAAGUUCAGGCUAUUGAAGGAGAAGCCACUAACUUCAUUGACCAGUCCUUCAAAACCCUGCGGUCAGCAACAGCAGCCUUCGACAUGCUGCUGAAGUUCAAGCAUAUCCGCUCCAGAGACGCGAUCAACAAUCAGCUGAUGAAGAAGUUUAACGAUAUACUGGCGCAGUACUGCAAAGAGGUGGACAUCAUAAACGAGAUGUUUGUCCAGCAAAAAGACGACCCUCCUCUGAAUAAAAACCAACCUCCGAUGGCAGGGGCUAUCCACUGGGAACGGUCCCUGUUUAACCGCAUUAAAAACACCAUCAUGCGCUUCGAAGAGGUGCCAGGAAUCCUAGAGAGUGAAGAGGGGAAAGCUGCCAAAGCGAAGUACCUGGAGGUGGGUAAACGCAUGAGGGAUUAUGAGAUGAAAAAGUUCGAGCGCUGGAGAGAGGAGACUGAGCGGACGAUACUUCAGCUCAUGAGCAGAACCCUGCUGCUUGUGGUCAACAGCUCUGGGAACGUGUGUGGAGACGGACCACAGCCAGAUAUGGAUCAGGAAUUGGACAAGGGGGUGCAGUUUGUGGUGAACUUUGCCCCGGAGCUGAAGGAGAUCAUAUCUGAGACCAAGUACUUUGAGCAGCUGGGAUACUGUGUACCUGAUAUGGCCCGUAAUGUUGCGUUGCAGGAGGGACAUUUUUUAAGAUAUGUGGAUGAGCUUAAGAAUCUGGUCAACCACCACCAGUCCCUGAUGGACAGUCUGGACGAUGCAGAGUUCCUCCUGCUGGCCACACAGGUUCAAGAACUAAGAAGAGUGAUGCACCCUGGGUACAGGAGACUCAACUGGAAUUCUCUGGGUAUAUCAGAUUUCAUCAAUCGAGGUAAUCAGGCAGCAUCAAAGUUUGAGUCCCUGGUGAACCAAAUCAAGAAGAAUGAAAAAGACAUAGAGACCAAACUUCAGUCUAUUGAGUCGGCAAACCUUUUUAAAUUCCCAGCACCAGAGAGAACAGGAGAACUACCAGGAGUGAAGGAAUUUUGUGAGCUGGUUGAGAAGGAGAGAAUUAGAGACGUGAACCUGCUCAGGAGGAAGUACUCGGCCAUCGGGCCUGUCCUCACUAAGAUGGAGAGUCUGAUUACCCAGACGAGUAGCGGCAGGUCUAAGCACAUGGCCCAGUACUACGCUUACUGGGAGCGCAAAGUCUUUGACUCUCUUACCAGGAUGGCGCUGAAGAACCUUCAUGUUCUGAACUCUGCGCUGACGGGCUCCACCCCACUGUUCCAAAUCGAGGCCGUCCUCUCCGCUCCGGAGAUUGUUCUGCUCCCCAAAAGUAACGAAGUGUACAAGCUGAUCAUGCAGUGUGUGCGGGACUGCGUGGAGAGCACCAAGCAUUUUGUGCGCUGGAUGCACGGCACCUGUAUCGAGUGUCCGCCUCAGCGCCUGGACGGUGAAGACGAACCAUUUGUCUUCAGCUUCUACAGCGAGGUGUGCCAGUCACCGCAGGUAAACGAGUGCGCCAUGGCAAUAUCCCAGAGUACCCAGCGCCUCCUCGGCACGGUGACCCGCUACCUGAACAAAUGGAAACACUACUGGCCCCUGUGGAAGCUUGACAAAGCCAUCGUGAUGGAGAAGUUUGCAGCCAAGAAGCCCUCGUGUGUGAUGUACGACGAGAAGCUGCAGUUGUAUUCACGCAUCAGUCAGGAGGUGGCGCAGCAGCCGCUGGUGAAGGAUGAACACAUGAUCAGGCUAAACUUGGAGCCGCUGGCUCGUAGCGUCCGGGAGAACGCUCAGGCCUGGGUUGCUUCACUGGGCAGGCUGCUUAAUGACUCCGCCCGUGAGGACCUAUCUGCCCUUUGCAGUGAGUUUCAGCAACUAUCAGACAAUCUGAAGAGGCCACCCAACACUCUGGAAGACCUGAAGUUUGUCCUCGGGACAAUCUCCAGCAUCAGAGACAUGUCGCUGUCCGUAGAGAUGAGAUUCAGAGACAUUCAGGAGAGAUACAGGACCAUGGCCACGUACAGCAUCCAGGCGCCAGAGCGGGAGCUGGAGCAGGUCGCCUGCAUUGAAAACAUGUGGAGUCUUUUGUUUGAGGAGGCCAGGCAGGUGGACCGAAGCUUGGGCAAAGUCAAGAAGACCUUUACGGAGAUUACUAAGGAGCAGAUAGAACAGUAUAAGCAGGAGCUGAGCAUUUUCGCUGAGAGCUUCAGCAUGCAUGGCCCAGGAGCAGUGGGAGAGGACCUAGAGAAAGGCCUGACGCUCAUGGGUACCUAUGAGGCAGAACUGGCUACGAUGGAGGCAAGCCGACAGGAGCUGGCCAACGCUGAGAAGCUGUUCGAUUUGUCGAUCACGAUGUACCAGGAACUGCUGAAUGUGCAGCGGGACAUGAGCGGUCUGAAGCAGAUCUACGAAGUCUACAAUGCACAGCAGGCCGCUAAAACAGAGUGGGCUCAGACUCUGUGGGUGAACCUGAACAUCCAGCUGCUGCAGGAGGGCAUCGAGGGUUUCAUCAAGAGCCUGAGGAAGCUCCCUAAGGACGUGAGAGCUCUUCCUGUGGCCUUUUUUCUCGAGGGACGCAUGAGGGAGUUCAAGGAGUCUUUACCUCUACUGCUAGAUCUGAAGAACGAGGCACUGAGAGACAGGCACUGGAAGGAGCUGAUGGAGCGGACGGGCACCAGCUUCGAUAUGAAACCGGACACCUUCACACUGGAGAACAUGUUCGCCAUGGAGUUACACAAGCACGGCACCGUCAUCGGGGACAUCGUCACCUCAGCUGUCAAAGAACUCAGUAUAGAGAAGGGCGUGAAGGAGGUUGUGGAGACCUGGGAGAAUAUGAAGCUCAGUGUGCAGCGCUACUUCAAGGGCACACAGGAACGUGGCUACAUCCUGGGCUCUGUAGACGAGAUCCUUCAGAACCUGGAUGAUAACGCCAUGAACCUACAGAGUAUGGCGGGGAGCCGCUUUGUGGGACCUUUUCUGUCCAUCAUCCAGCAGUGGGAGAAGAGCCUGUCACUCAUCAGCGAGGUCAUAGAGGUUUGGAUGUUAGUGCAGAGGAAGUGGAUGUACCUGGAAAGCAUCUUCAUUGGAGGUGAUAUCCGCUCCCAACUGCCCGAAGAAGCCAAGAAGUUUGACGGCAUUGACAAAACGUUUAAAAAGAUAAUGUCUGACACAAUGAGGGACCCAGGAAUUAAAAAGUGCUGCCUGGUCCCGAACCGUCUAGCGGACCUGCAGAACCUGAGCGAUGGUUUGGAGCGCUGUCAGAAGAGUCUGAACGAUUACCUAGACUCUAAACGCAACGCCUUCCCUCGAUUCUUCUUCAUCUCGGACGAUGAGCUGCUCAGCAUUCUCGGGAGCAGCGAGCCGUCCUGCGUACAGGAACACAUGAUCAAGAUGUACGACAACAUCGCAUCUCUGCGCUUUGACACCGGGACAAACGGAGAGACGGUGGCAGGGGCCCUGGUAUCAGCAGAGGGGGAGGUGAUGGAGCUCAGGCAGCCCAUCCCAGCAGAAGGACGAGUCGAGGACUGGAUGACGGCGGUCCUCUUAGAGAUGAGAAGAACCAACAGGCUCAUCACCAAGGAGGCCAUCUUCUACUACCAGCACUGCAAGACCAGGGUGGACUGGAUGCUGGACUACCAAGGAAUGGUCGUGCUGGCCUCGAACCAGGUGUGGUGGACGUGGGAGGUGGAGGACGUCUUCCGCAAGGUGAGCGCAGGAGACAAGCAGGCCCUCAAACUGUACGCCAAGAAAAUGCACGGGCAGAUCGACGACCUGGUCAGACGGAUCACGCAGCCCUUGAAGAAGAACGACCGCCGCAAGCUCAACACCGUGCUCAUCAUCAACGUCCACGCCAGGGACAUCGUGGACAGCUUCGUCAGAGACAGUAUUACAGACGCUCGUGAGUUUGAGUGGGAGAGUCAGCUGCGCUUCUACUGGGAUAAAGAACCGGACGACCUGUUUGUGCGACAGUGUUCAGCUCAGUUCUCCUACGGCUACGAGUACAUGGGUCUGAACGGCCGACUGGUCAUCACUCCUCUCACCGAUCGCAUUUACCUCACACUCACUCAGGCUCUGUCUAUGUACCUGGGGGGAGCACCCGCUGGGCCUGCUGGUACAGGAAAAACUGAGUCCACUAAAGACCUGGCCAAGGCUUUGGGUCUGCUCUGUGUGGUCACCAACUGUGGUGAGGGAAUGGACUACAUGGCGGUUGGGAAGAUCUUCUCUGGCCUGGCUCAGUGCGGAGCCUGGGGCUGCUUUGAUGAGUUCAACCGCAUCGAUGCCUCGGUGCUGUCGGUCAUUUCCUCCCAGAUUCAGACCAUCCGCAACGCUCUCAUUCUGCAUCUCAAGAGGUUUCACUUUGAGGGUCAGGAGAUCAGCCUGGACUCUAGAAUGGGGAUCUUCAUCACGAUGAACCCCGGUUACGCUGGCCGCACUGAGCUCCCCGAGUCGGUCAAGGCAUUGUUCAGGCCGGUGGUGGUUAUCGUCCCUGACCUUCAGCAGAUCUGCGAGAUCAUGCUGUUCUCCGAGGGCUUCCUCAUGGCCAAGGUGCUGGCAAAGAAGAUGACGGUGUUGUAUAAGCUGGCGCGUGAGCAGCUGUCCAAGCAGUCUCACUAUGAUUUCGGGCUGCGAGCUCUUAAGUCUGUCUUGGUGAUGGCGGGAGAGCUGAAGAGAGGCUCACCUGAUCUCAGUGAGGAUGUGGUGCUGAUGCGUGCUCUGAGGGACAUGAACCUGCCUAAGUUUGUGUUCGAGGAUGUUCCUCUGUUCCUGGGACUGAUCUCAGACCUGUUUCCGGGGCUGGACUGCCCACGUGUGCGCUACCCCAGCUUUAACGAUGCUGUGGAAACCAUCUUGGAGGAGAAUAAGUACAUCCUGCUGCCCAAUCAGGUUGAUAAAGUGGUACAGAUGUACGAAACCAUGAUGACCAGACACACCACCAUGGUCGUGGGACCAACAGGAGGAGGCAAAUCUGUGGUUAUAAACACCCUGUGUCAAGCACAGACCAGACUUGGGCUGUUGACCAAACUGUACACGCUGAACCCCAAAGCUAUGAGUGUGAUCGAGCUCUACGGCAUCCUGGACCCGGUCACUAGAGACUGGACCGAUGGGAUCCUGUCCAACAUCUUCCGAGAUAUCAACAGGCCUACAGACAAGAAGGAGAGAAGGUACAUCCUGUUUGACGGCGAUGUGGACGCUCUGUGGGUGGAGAACAUGAAUUCAGUGAUGGACGACAACAAGCUGCUGACGCUUGCUAACGGAGAGAGAAUCCGCCUCCAGGGUCACUGCGCUCUUCUGUUUGAGGUCGGAGAUCUGCAGUACGCAUCGCCUGCCACUGUGUCCCGUUGUGGAAUGGUAUUUGUGGACCCUAAAAAUCUCCGCUACGCCCCCUACUGGCAAAAAUGGGUCAGCGACAGGCCUGAGAGUGAGCGGGCAGACCUGAACCUUCUGUUUGAGAAGUACGUUCCCAGCGCCAUCGACAUGAUAGUGGAGGGAAUAGUUGAUGGCAGACAAGGAGAGAAACUAAAGACGAUCGUCCCUCAGACUGAUCUGAACAUGGUGGUGCAGUUAUCCAUGAUGCUGGAUGCCUUGCUGGAGCCCGGAGACUUCAGUCCUGAGGAGCUGGAGUGCUUCUUUCUAGAGGCUCUUUACUGCUCACUUGGAGCCGCACUCUUAGACAACGGCCGAAAGAAGUUUGAUGACUUUAUUAAGAAGCUUUCAGGUGUGACUGCUGUUCAUGAUGAGAAGAUGCUGGCCGGUCCUGGAGAGAUACCAGGUUACCUGCCGACUCUCUAUGAUUUCCAUUUUGAUCCGAGCACUAAGAAAUGGAUCCCCUGGAGCUCGCUGGUUACCAAGUACAUUCACAACCCUGAUAUGAAGUUCAUGGAUAUUCUUGUUCCCACCGUUGAAACCACUCGUACGAACUGGCUCUUAGAGCAGAUGGUGAAGGUCAAGAGGCCGGUGGUUCUGGUUGGAGAGUCUGGAACCUCGAAGACAGCCACCACGCAAAACUUUCUCAACAGUUUGAACCAAGAUACCACGAUGGUUCUGACUAUCAACUUCUCAUCGAGGACCACAUCCAUGGACCUGCAGAGGAACCUGGAGGCCAGCGUUGAGAAGCGGACCAAGGAAACCUAUGGCCCACCCAUGGGCAAGAGACUGCUCGUUUUUAUGGACGACCUCAACAUGCCACGAGUGGAUGACUACGGUACCCAGCAGCCCAUAGCUCUGCUCAAGCUGCUCUUAGACAGGGGCGGAAUGUACGACAGGGGCAAGGAGCUCAACUGCAAGAUGCUGAAGGACCUGGGCUUCAUCGCAGCCAUGGGUAAAGCGGGGGGAGGCCGAAACGAGGUGGAUCCCCGCUUCAUCUCCCUCUUUAGUGUGUUCAACAUCCCGUUUCCGGACGAAGAGUCUCUACGUCUGAUCUACUCCUCCAUCCUGAGGGGACACACCAGGCCGUUCGAGGAAUGUAUUCAGAAUAUCUGUGACAAGCUGACCGUCUGCACUCUGGAGCUGUACAAAUCCAUCAUCAAGGACCUGCCGCCAACCCCCUCCAAGUUCCAUUACAUCUUCAACCUGAGAGAUCUCUCCAGGGUCUAUAACGGCCUGACGCUCACCAACGCGGAGAGAUUCCUGACAGUGACGCAGUUCGUGCGGGUCUGGAGGAACGAGUGUCUGAGAGUCUUCCAUGACAGACUCAUCAAUGAAACAGACAAAGCCCUGGUGCAGAGACACGUUAAGAACCUGAUAGAGGAACACUUCAGGUCUGAUCUGGACUCCGCCAUGAGGGAUCCCAUCCUGUUUGGAGACUACAGAACAGCCCUGACCGAAUCUGAACCAAGAGUCUACGAGGACAUUCAGGACUAUGAUGCCUGCAAGGCCCUAUUCCAGGAGAUCCUGGAGGAGUACAGCGAAAACAAGACCAGGAUGAAUCUGGUUCUCUUCGACGAUGCGCUCGAGCACCUGACCAGAAUCCAUCGUAUCAUCAGGAUGGACCGUGGCCAUGCCCUCUUGGUUGGGGUGGGGGGAUCUGGAAAGCAGUCUUUGACCAAACUGGCUGCUUUUACUGCAGGCUGUGAGGUGUUUGAGAUAGUGUUGAGUCGAGGCUACUCGGAGUCCAGUUUCCGUGAUGAUUUGAAGACGCUUUACUUGAAGCUGGGCAUUGAGAAUAAGAAAACAGUCUUCCUGUUUACCGAUGGUCACGUGGCAGAGGAGGGCUUCCUGGAGCUGGUCAACAACAUGCUGACCUCAGGGAUGGUUCCCGCCCUGUUCCCUGACGACGAGAAGGACUCGGUGCUGAAUCAGCUCCGUGACGAGGCUAUGACGAUGGGUUCGGGUCCCUCCAAGGAGAGCGUGUGGCAGUACUUUGUGAACAAAAGCGCCAGCAAUCUGCACAUCGUGCUGGGCAUGUCUCCUGUAGGGGACGUCCUUCGAACCCGCUGCAGGAACUUCCCAGGACUGGUGAAUAACACUGGGAUUGACUGGUUUCUUCCGUGGCCCCCACAGGCUUUACAUGCAGUGGCUCAGUCCUUCUUGGGAGAAAGCCCUAUGAUUCCCAAUCCCCAUUUAGAGGCAGUGAUCGGUCACGUGUGCAUGGUGCACGACUCUGUUGGGGAGUACAGUAAACAGUUCCAGCAGAAGCUGCGACGCAGUAACUUCGUGACCCCCAAAAACUACCUGGACUUCAUCAGCACCUACUCCAACCUGCUGGAGGACAAGGACAAGUACAUACUCGCCCAGUGUAAGCGCUUGGAAGGAGGUUUAGAUAAGUUGGAGGAGGCCAGUGUACAGCUCGCCGAGCUUAACACCAAGCUGGCGGAGCAGAAAGUCAUCCUGGCCGAGAAGUCUUCAGCCUGUGAGGUUCUGCUGGAGGAGAUCUCCACUAAUACAGCUGUCGCUGAGGAGAAGAAGAAGCUGGCAGAGGAGAAGGCUAAGGAGAUUGAGGAGCAGAAUAAAGUGAUAGCGGUGGAGAAGAAGGAUGCUGAGAGCUCACUGGCUGAAGCUCUACCUGCAUUGGAGGCAGCUCGACUCGCCUUGCAAGAUCUGGACAAGUCUGAUGUCACAGAGAUCAGAUCUUUCGCUAAGCCACCGAAGCAGGUGCAGAUGGUGUGCGAGUGCAUCCUGGUCAUGCGUGGCUACAAGGAGAUCAGCUGGAAGACAGCUAAGGGCAUGAUGUCCGAGGCCAACUUUUUGCGUUCGCUCAUGGAGAUGGACUGCGACUCCAUCGGCAGUGGUCAGGUCAAGACCGUCCGAGGCUUUCUGAAGAACCUGAACACAUCGUUUGAGGAGAUGCAGGCUAUAAGCAAGGCUGGCUCUGGCAUGCUGAAGUUUGUGGAGGCUGUCAUGGGCUACUGUGAUGUAGCCAGAGAGAUCAAACCCAAGAGAGAGAAGGUGGCCAGGCUGGAGAGGAACUAUUUCCAGAGCAAGCGUGAGCUGGAGCGGAUCCAGAGUGAGCUAGCAGCCAUCCAGAAGGAGCUGGGGGCUCUGGGAGAGAAAUACAGUGCCGCCAUGGUGGAGAAGCAGACGCUGCAGGAGGAGGCCGAACUGAUGGAGCGCAGGCUCAUCGCCGCGGACAAGCUCAUCUCAGGGCUCGGAUCAGAAAAUAAACGCUGGACGGAGGAUCUAGAGGAGCUGAAGAAGAGGCGAGUGCGUCUGCUGGGCGACUGUCUGAUCUGCGCCGCCUUCCUGAGCUACGAGGGAGCCUUCAGCUGGGACUUCCGUAGCGAGAUGGUGUACGGGGUGUGGCAGAAAGCCGUGCUGGAGAGAGGCAUCCCGCUCAGCCAGCCCUUCCGUAUAGAGAACCUGCUCACGGAUGAAGUGGAGAUCAGCAGGUGGGGGUCCGAAGGUCUCCCUCCCGAUGAGCUGUCCGUGCAGAACGGCAUCCUGACCAUGAGAGCCAGUCGCUUUCCCCUGUGCAUCGACCCUCAACAGCAAGCCCUCAACUGGAUCAAGAAGAAGGAGGAGAAGAACAACCUCAAGAUCUCCUCAUUCAACGAUCCAGACUUCCUGAAGCAGCUGGAGAUGGCCAUCAAAUACGGCUUCACCUUCCUCUUCCAAGACGUGGACGAGUACAUCGACCCGGUCAUCGACAACGUCCUGGAGAAGAACGUGAAAGGGGCAGAGGGUCGGCAGGUCAUCGUGCUGGGCGACAAGGAGGUCGACUAUGAUCCAAACUUCAAACUGUAUCUCAACACCAAAUUGGCCAACCCCAGAUAUUCGCCAGCAGUGUUUGGCAAAGCCAUGGUCAUCAACUACACCGUCACACUGAAGGGUUUGGAGGAUCAGCUGCUUAGUGUCAUCGUGGGCUUUGAGCGAAAGGAGCUGGAGGAGCAGCGGGAGCGUCUGAUUCAGGAGACCAGCGAGAACAAGCGCCUCCUCAAAGACCUGGAGGACUCUCUGCUCCGAGAGCUUGCUACGUCCACAGGAAACAUGCUGGACAACGUAGAGCUCGUUCAGACACUCGAGGAAACCAAGUCCAAAGCUACUGAGGUGUUUGAGAAACUAAAGCUAGCUGAAAAGACAUCAGCGGACAUCGAUAAGCUGCGGGACGGCUACCGGCCGGCGGCCAAACGUGGUGCCAUUCUGUUUUUUGUCCUGGCUGAGAUGGCUCUGGUGAACAGCAUGUACCAGUACUCGCUGGCCUCAUUCCUCGAGGUGUUUGACUUCUCACUGCGUAAAUCGCUGCCCGACUCCGUCCUGCCCAAGAGACUGAAGAACAUCAUGAACACGCUCACACACAACGUCUACAAUUACGGCUGCACCGGGCUGUUUGAGAGACACAAGCUGCUGUUCUCCUUCAACAUGACCAUCAAGAUUGAGCAGGCGGAAGGACGAGCUCCUCAGGAAGAGCUCGAGUUCUUUCUUAAAGGAAACCUGUCAUUGGAGAAGAGUAAAAGGAAGAAGCCGUUUGAUUGGCUCCCUGAUCAGGGCUGGGAGGAUAUUGUGCGCCUGAAUGAGGUUUUCCCAAAAGAGUUUGGGACAUUAAUAGAUGACAUAGAGAAGAAUCCUGCUGAAUGGAAGAAUUGGUAUGACCUGGACAGCCCAGAGCAGGCUCUUUUCCCUGUGAGGUACAAAGAAAGCCUCACAGCUUUCCAGAAACUUUUGCUGCUGCGUUGCUUCAGGCUGGACCGAGUGUAUCGUGCUGUCAGUGACUAUGUCACCAUCACCAUGGGAGAAAUGUAUGUGCAGCCUCCAGUGAUCAGUUUUGAAGCUAUAUUCGAGCAGAGCACUCCAAACUCCCCCAUCGUGUUCAUCCUGAGCCCUGGCUGCGAGCCGGCCAACGACCUGAUGAAACUGGCUGAGCGCUCUGGCUUUGGAACCAGCAAACUCAAGUUUCUGGCUAUGGGACAGGGCCAGGAGAAGGUUGCGCUGCAGUUGCUGGAGACCGCAGUGUCUCGGGGCCAGUGGCUGAUGCUUCAGAACUGUCAUCUGUUGGUCAAGUGGCUGAAAGAUCUGGAGAAAUCUCUGGAGAGAAUCACCAAGCCUCAUCCGGACUUCCGGCUAUGGCUGACCACUGACCCCAUCAAAGACUUUCCCAUUGGCAUCCUGCAGAAAUCCCUCAAGGUGGUGACCGAACCUCCCAACGGACUCAAACUGAACAUGAGAGCCACGUACUUCAAGAUCCCGCUGGAGACGCUGAUGAAGUGCCCUCACCCGGCUUUCCGCAGCCUGGUCUACGUGCUGGCCUUCUUCCACGCCGUGGUUCAGGAGAGACGCAAGUAUGGCAAGAUCGGCUGGAACGUGCCCUACGACUUCAACGAGUCCGACUUCCUGGUCUGUAUGGAGAUCCUGGACACCUACCUGACCAAAGCUCACAACCAAGAUGAUUCUAAGAUGCCAUGGAACAGUCUCAAGUACCUGAUUGGAGAGGUGAUGUAUGGAGGAAGAGCAAUAGACAGUUUUGACCGCAGGAUCCUCACCGUCUACAUGGACGAAUACCUGGGAGACUUUAUCUUCGACACCUUUCAGCCUUUCCAUUUCUUUCACAAUAAAGACGUGGAUUAUAGAAUUCCACCGGACGGACUGAAGGAUGCUUAUGUUGAUGAAAUUGAGUCUCUGCCCUUGGCUAACACCCCAGAGGUGUUUGGUCUGCACCCCAAUGCUGAGAUUGGCUACUACACCCAAGCUGCACGGGACAUGUGGACGCACCUGAUAGAGCUCCAGCCUCAGACAGGUGACUCUGGAGGAGGGGUUAGUAGAGAUGAAUACAUCGGUCAGGUAGCACGGGACAUCCAAAACAAGCUGCCCAGAGUGUUCGACCUGGACGUGAUCCGGAAGAAGUUCGGCCUGGAGGUCUCGCCCACCACCGUGGUGCUGCUGCAGGAGCUGGAGCGCUUUAACAGGCUCGUUCUCCGAAUGAGCCGCUCUCUCGCUGAACUUCAGCGGGCUCUUGCCGGUGAGGUUGGGAUGAGCAGUGAGCUGGACGAGGUCGCCAGAGCCCUGUUUAAUGGUCAGAUUCCAGCUAUCUGGAGAAAACUGGCACCAGACACUCUGAAAUCUCUGGGCAACUGGAUGAUCCACUUCAAGAGACGUUAUGAUCAGUACAGCUCAUGGGUUGACGACGGCGAGCCCUUGGUGAUGUGGCUGUCAGGGUUACACAUCCCUGAGUCGUACUUGACGGCGCUGGUUCAGGCCACAUGCAGGAAGAACGGCUGGCCGCUGGACCGCUCCACCUUAUACACACACGUCACUCAGUACAGCACUGAAGAGGAAGUGCACGAGAGGCCAGGACAGGGUUGUUUUGUAUCGGGUCUGUAUCUGGAAGGAGCGGACUGGGACAUCGAACAGGGCUGCCUGGUGCGCAGCAAACCCAAAGCUCUUGUGGUGCAGCUGCCCAUCCUGAAGGUGAUCCCUAUAGAGGCCCAUCGACUCAAACUGCAGAACACGCUCAGGACGCCCGUCUACACGACAUCCAUGAGGAGGAACGCCAUGGGGGUCGGGCUGGUGUUCGAGGCCGACCUGUUCACCAACAAGCACGCCUCGCACUGGGUCCUGCAGGGGGUGUGUUUGUGCCUCAACGCCGACUGACGUCUUUCUCUAAAUUUUCUUCAACUCUUGUUCUGUUUUGUUUCUGUUCAUUUAAAACUUUUUGAGGAAAUUGA